AUGGAUAAGUCAAAAGCGAAGGAGGUUCCCGCUAUUGUGCAUGACAAGUCAAACGGUAAAACGUAUGUGAGAGGGAGGUUUCUUGGAAAAGUACAGACUUGUUGUGGAGGCUUCGCUCGCUGUUGGGAGUUGGGUGACCAAGACACCGGUGUAAAGUAUGCGGGAAAAGUUGUUGCGAAAUGCGAUAUCCUCAAGCCCUCCCAGCGUCAGAAGAUGCAGCAAGAAAUUACGAUUCAUGCUUCAUUGAAGCACGAAAAUAUUGUCGGUUUUCACAGGUCUUUUGAGGAUGAAGCCAACAUAUACAUAUUGCUCGAGCUGUGCCCAAGGCGGACUCUCAUGGAACUGCACAAGAGACGUCGACAAGUUACUGAGCCAGAAGCCCGGUACUUUAUCAGGCAAAUCGUCACCGGAUGUCAAUAUCUGCACCUUAAUAACAUAAUUCAUCGCGAUCUUAAACUGGCCAAUCUGUUUUUAAAUGAUGACAUGAUUGUAAAGAUUGGGGAUUUUGGUUUGGCCUCUAGAAUUACUAAAGAAGGUGAAAUGAAGAAGACACUAUGUGGGACGCCAAACUAUAUUGCUCCUGAGAUUCUCUGCAAACAUGGCCACAGCUUUGAGGUAGAUUCGUGGUAUACCCUUCUUGUGGGUCGUCCGCCUUUCGAAACGUCAAGUUUGCAUGACACAUAUGAAAAAAUAAAGAAGAACGAUUAUCUCGUUCCUGGUAACAUCAGCAUAGCAGCCACAAACUUGAUUCGUGCCUUUCUUAACUCUGAUCCACAAAAGCGGCCGAGCAUGUUCAGUGUGAUGGACCAUAGUUUCUUUAAAGGAUUUACUCCCACCGGUCUCCCUGUCAGUGCACUAACCACCUGUCCCCGAUUCGACAAUCUUGCUCGCAAUCCCUCCGACAGACGACCACUCUCUGUUAUUGAUGCUAAUCUAAAUGAUGUAUCAACGGUCAGUACAGAGGCGAAUAAAGAUUACACUACAGACGAUUGCUGGCUUACAGUUUUGUUUGAGAAGUUAGGAGAACUACUACGUGCACCCGUACUGCAAGCAACCUCCAUAACCGCAAUGGAAGAGAGCGAGGAUCCAGCAUGUGUUCCCAUUUAUUGGGUCUCUAAGUGGGUGGAUUAUUCGGACAAGUAUGGCAUUGGUUAUCAUCUGUGUGAUUUCUCGAACGGUGUUCUUUUUAACGAUGAUACACGCUUAAUCUUCACCGCGAACAAAGAGAACCUCCAAUAUAUUGAAAGUGGUGGCAAAGAGCACUUGUAUACCAAGAAUGACUACCCCGCUACACUCAAAAAGAAAGUAACAUUACUUACUUGCUUCACUAGUUACAUGCAGGAAAAUCUGCUUCAUGCCGGAGAGAACAUUGUGCGUCGGGAGUCAGAUAGCAUGGCCAGACUUCCCUUCCUCCGAAGCUGGUGUCGAACCCGCGUCGCAAUCGUGCUUCAUCUUAGCAAUGGAACAUUGCAACUCAAUUUCUUCGACGAUCACUCCAAAAUCAUCCUCUGCCCUUUGAUGGAGGCUGUUACUUUUAUUGACCCGAGUCGUAAUUUCAAAACCUUUCGUUUCAAUUUGCUCAGGAAAUAUGGCAUUACUGAUGACUUAAUGAAGCGAUUGAAGUACGCCUACGAUAUGAUAGAUCGCAAGCUCUUGCAACAGCAGUCUGAAUCCCACGCGCGUUGCACUGGCGCAAAGAAUAAAAAAGGUUCUCGAGAGACAGUUCCACAUCCAGCCAUUGCUCCAAUGAAAGAAGAAGAUCCUGUUAGUGCAGCCGUUGGCGCAGGGAAGCAAGACGCUCCAAAGUUUGCACUAUGUACCGCGGACGUGAUCGUUCUUAACGCAAGCUCAGGAUGUGAUGUGCAGCCACAGGCUGCACAGGGCACGAACACGUUAGGAACAGAUUAUACUGAAAUUGAAGGCUACUAUGUAAUGGUACCUUAUUUAGCCACAUUCUUCGUAGUCUGUCUACUGGUCAACAUCCUCAAUGCACCUUAUAAAGUCCAAAUUACCGAAUUCGUAUCAAUUAUCAUGAUAGUCAGUAUGUAUGGACUGCCUCUCACAGUGGUUAUCGUCGGAAUUAUGGUUGUCUUAGCGAUAAUCGGUCGAAGUCUGCGCGGAACCAAAAUCCUGCCCCAACUUAUUGGCCUCCUUACUCUCGGAUUCAUCACAAAGGCUAUGGACUAUGUACCAUGGAUAGACUUCAACAUGCACCUUCAUGCAUCGUCCCUGGGCUACUCUGGCUUUUACGCCCAAGUAGUGCGUGCGAUGCUGUUGUGUUGUGACUACGCGAGGCAGGCGAGGCCGGUGUCCUGGAGACGUCUCCUCUCCGAGUCUAUCGGCUUUUCCGCUUCCACUGACGUCUUCAUGCCCGCCUCCUUCGUCCUCUUCACUGACUGGCUACAGUGGCGCAACGGCCAGCAAGAGUUUGAGUGGACCGGACCUUUCCAGAUGGCUCCCAAACAACUUCUCGGUAAAGCCACAGUGGUGCGAACCCUUUCGUUGGGUCGGAUUCUCCUUCGUGCUUUUCGAAUUAUCUUUUGGUUCUUGGUGCACAAAUACAUUAUUUGCUCAGUCGACUUCUUGGAUGUUCUUGGGGCACCUAUUGAACGAAUACUCAAAGGGCGGGCUGUGCCGAUGGACUCGUCCCUUCUCUGUUUUGCCGCCUACGUGUUCACCGCACGUUUCAACGUCUUCUACGUCGUCUUCUACAACCUAUCGCGGCUGUUGGGAGAUCUGCAGCAGCUUCUCCUCUCACCCGCGUUCGCUCCAAACACCACUCAGCUUGUCAAAGGUGAUCCUAAGGCAGAGAGAGCAUGGAAGGAGGCCUCGUUAAUUAGACGGUGGCUCAAGGUGAAGGUUAAAACAGAGUGCUUGAUGCCAGAAGGCCCCUGUUGCAUAUUGGCCGCCUUUACGUCAUCAGAAAUUUGGAGAUAUUUUGACGUUGGCUUGUACAAUGUUUUGAAGCACUACAUCUACAUUCCAUGGAUGGAGUUUACAUCAACAGUGAUUGGCAAAGUUUCGACGAAGGCUAGCACAAAACAGAGCCCUCUCGUUAGAAAUUUUGUCACCUUAUUCGGAGCUGCUUUCACCUAUAUACUUGUUCUCACUUUUCACAGUUGGAGUAAAGGAAACUGCAUAUGGGUUUCAAUCAGUUUCACUCUCUGGGUACUUGAAAGAUUCGUCAAUCAGGCCAACAAAGCAUAUGGAAUUUGUGACUCAUUGUCGAGACGUCUGUCCCCGUCCUGGGAACAGAGAAUUCGGUGCUCGGGAUUCGCCCUAGUUCAGACAUGUAAUAUGAUGAGUUUCUUUUGCUUCUUAACCAACUUCGAUUCCGGCUGGUUUCUCAUGAGGACGAUGCUUGCACAACCGCGUGCGGCUCUCCUCUUCUCCUCCGUACUCUACUGUUCGUAUCAAAUGAAACUCGCUUUGAUGACGUAG